CAGCAGCACUAGUAGCACAGCAUACUGCGUUUGGGACAGUGGGAUGGACAAAAAAGUGCAAAACACAUACACUCUGCUGGCACUGUUGUACCUGUGCUCCCAGGUAUGUUGUCAACAAUGUGUCAAGCCUUGCAAGUGUCCCAGCUCUGUUCCAGCCUGCCCUGAUGGCGUCGCUCUUGUCCUGGAUGGAUGUGGAUGCUGCCAAGUGUGUGCUCAGCAGAAGGGCGAAGCCUGCACAGACAUACUUGUGUGUGACAAGAAGCGUGGCCUGGAAUGUGAUUACAGCGCCAGCUUCCCUGGAGAUCCGGGCGAGUGUGUCAGUCAAGACAUGCUGGGCUGUGAGCUGAAUGGUGUGUCUUAUCACGAAGGAGAGGUGUUCCAGCCAUCCUGCCACACCCAGUGCAAAUGUGCAGGUGGAGGAGUGACCUGUGUGCCCCUGUGCCCUGAGGAUGUGCGUCUACCCAGCUCAGACUGCCCAUAUCCGCAAAGGGUCCAGCUGCCAGGAAAGUGCUGUAAGGAGUGGGUGUGUGAGAACUUGGACAACAAUGUGCUACAGGAUGCUCCAACAGCUUACAGUGAGGCCCAAGUGUUGCCUGCAUUUUCUGGUUACCAAAGGAGCCCUAGAAUAAACUGUACCUAUCAGAGCACCGAAUGGAGCGCCUGUUCACAUACCUGUGGCCCAGGGAUCUCCACACGAGUGAGCAACCGGAAUAGAGCCUGCAGAUUUGAGCGGCAGAUCAGACUGUGUACAAUCAGACCAUGCCUGCAUUUGCCACCUCAAACACAAAUGCAGCCUAGAAGAUGUCAAUCGAGCUACAGGUGGAAUGUUCCCACGCGGCUGUUCCACGAAGGCUGCUACAGCAUGCAAUAUUACCGUCCUCGUUACUGCGGGCACUGCACUGACGGCCGAUGUUGCACGCCUUAUCGGACCCGCACUGCCCAGGUCACCUUCCGCUGUCCAGGGGGCCGCCUGCUUCACCAAGCUGUCAUGAUGAUCAAGUCUUGUGCUUGCCAUUACAGCUGCCCACAUACAUCUAGUGGAACCCACAGGUUGCUUGCUUUACUAGGAUAGAGACUCUAAUGCACUGAGACACACAAAACGCCUGUCUAAAGCCUAUGAAGAAUAGCACUUUGCAAAUACCACAGUAUUAUACAUUUCUUUCUUUUAAUUUCCAGAGACAAAUUAGUAAAUCCUGGGCCACUGGGCAGGUGCUAUGCAGAACAUAAGCUUCUUUCUUGCUUUUCACCUUGCAAACACUUUCACCAAACCCCACCAGGUCUUUAACAAGCUCCAACUCAAUGGCAAAGCAUGUUGGGUCCUUUUUUUUGGCCAGUUUGAAUUUAGUUUUUCAUUUCAACCCAUUAAGCAAAAUGAACAUUCUUUGGCUUCUUUCUUCUUUUCAGGAACACACUCGGUGUGUUUUUUUCCAUCUACUUCUCUCUACAGUUAGGACCGUCCUGGCUAUUCAACUGGUACAAAUUCAGCCUGACACACCAUUAAUAUUUCAGAAUUCUUUUUAUAUUUUGUGACUUAUACUCAUCAGCUUGGGUUCUGUUAACUCACUGCUGUGUUAGUGUAAAAAGCCUAAUCAACUUAAAAUAUAUACUUAGAAUCUAUGCAGUUUAAAGUUAUUUGGCAAACCACCUGGGCGCCUUUAAGACCCUACUGCUGAUCCAACCCUGUAAUGAUGCCAUUUUGUAUAAAGAGUUUGCAAUCAUAUACACUUUUACAUUGUUGCCUUGUUCAAGGAGGUAGUAAGCUGGCCUGAUUCUUCACUUAUACCCUGUGUAUAUAGAAUUUUUAUGUGGUUUUGAGAGGUUUGGCUUUACAGAUAUUACAAACUUUCCUAAGGUUUAUAUGAAGGCAGCUACUUGUCUUAAGCGCUUACAGCUUCCUGUGUAAUUUAAUGAUUAAAGCUUGUACAUUUACUUUCUCUAAGAUUGACUGAAGAGGUAAUGGCAGUGUAGAAUGUCAUUUCAAAUAUAUUUGAUAUUUUGAUAUUUCAUAUCAUCCAGACACCAGAAUCGUCUUUCUUAUUUGAUUGCACAAAGAUACUUUUCUUCUGUGAAAUAUUAACAGUACAUUACUUAUCCGUAUAGAAAAGUUAUCUUUAGAUGGUUUCCUGUACCUUCACAAUACUAAGCCAAUGAAGAUAUAAAACCUGGCUCAGAGAUAUUUAUGUUCAGUCCGACACACAGGGCUUAGAUGAAGUAUUGUAUAACCAAUUUUUAAAGAAACCUUAACUGUUGUUUUUUAAAACCCAUUCCUUUUGCUUAUGUUAUUUCCUGUACAUAUUUGUAAAUGCACUUAUUACAUUAUAUAUAUCGGUUUAUAAUUUAUGUGUCUUCACAACAUUAUUAAACUACAUGUCCAUAAACUACUAC